AGAAGUCAUCAAGGGAACGAUGUCGCAAAUAAUAUUCACAAUAAAUGGAAAACAGUAUACAGCUGAUGGAAAAUACGGUCCGGACAUGUCGUUAAAUGAAUACAUAAGAACAAUAGCAGAUUUAAGGGGGACCAAAGUGAUGUGUAGGGAGGGAGGGUGCGGGGCUUGCGUGGUCGCAGUUAGGGCUCCGCUGCCGCCCAGCAAUGAGUGUCUCGUGUCGGUCCUCUCCUGCCACGGCUGGGAGAUCCUCACAGCAGAGGGCAUCGGGAACAGGACCCUGGGCUACCACGAGAUACAGAGCAGGCUUGCCAACUUCAACGGCACUCAAUGUGGCUACUGCACACCUGGCUGGAUCAUGAAUAUGUACAGCCUUUACGAAUCGAAAAACAAGAAACUGACCAUGACCGAGGUAGAAAACUCAUUUGCCAGCAACAUUUGUAGAUGUACUGGAUAUAGAUCUAUCGCUGACGCUUUCAAGACAUUCGCCACAGACGUGAGUGAAGAUCUCAAAUGCAAAAUGAUUGACAUGGAAGAUUUGUCUGUUCUGAAACCCUGUGGGGUUAAAUGCAAAGAAAAAUGUGCUCAUACAAGAAACAAAAACAUUAACAGAAAUGAAGAAGUUGAAGAAGAAUGGUGUGUUUUGGCAAAAGAAAAUAACAAAAUGAUCGUAAUUGAUGGUGAAACGCAUAAAUGGUUUAAGGCUUACGCGUUAGAUGAUGUUUUUAAAGCUAUUAACGAAAAUGAUGAUUACAAACUAAUUGCAGGAAACACUGGCCAAGGAGUAUUUCACGUAACACACUAUCCUCACAAUGUCAUUGAUAUUUUCAACGUAGCUGAAAUCAAGGGUUACGAAAUAGAUGAAAACCUUAUCCUGGGGGCCGGCAUGCCUUUAUCUGAAAUGAUGGAUGUAUUCCUCAAGUUAUCGUCUGAGAAUGAAGACUUUUCAUAUCUGAAACAGUUUUACGAUCAUAUGGAUCUGGUUGCGCAUAUACCAGUCAGAAAUAUCGGAACAAUUGGAGGGAACUUGUUCAUGAAAUAUACCAACAACGAUUUUCAAUCUGAUGUCUUUCUGCUGUUCGAGACAGUCGGAGCUGCGAUCAAAAUUGCUGAAAGUGGCGAUAAAUCGAGCACUAUGUCUCUGCUGGAGUUUCUGCGUUACGAUAUGACAAAGAAAGUCAUAACUCAUGUUCUACUGCCGCCGUUAUCGCACUGUUGUUCCGUAAAGACUUAUAAGAUAAUGCCUCGAUCACAAAACGCUCAUGCGGUUGUCAACGCUGGUGUAAUGUUCAAAUUCAAACGCGAUCCUAACUUAUUGGAAAAAGCUUCUAUAGUCUACGGCAGCAUAUCACCAAAAUUUGUACACGCCUUUAAAACUGAGGCGGCGUUGGUCGGUAAAGAUCCGUAUACUGAAGAGAAUUUACAAUUGGCUUUGAGAACUUUGAAGAGGGAAAUAAUGGCAGAAGAGGCUCCCCCGGAACCGUCAGCUGAGUAUAGGAAAAUGUUGGCAUUGGCUUUGUAUUACAAGGCCAUCUUAAGUUUUUGUCCUAAUGAUAGGUUAAACCCAAAAUAUCGUUCAGGAGGCGAGGUCAUCAAACGAAACACUUCAAAAGGAACACAGGUUUUUGACACUGACAAAUCUAUCUGGCCUCUUAACCAACCAGUGCCCAAACUGGAAGCUCUAGUGCAGUGCAGUGGCGAAUCAGUCUUCGCCAACGACCUUCCAACGCAGACUGGAGAAGUGUACGCGGCCUUUGUCACCGCAGACGUCAACCCUGGAAGUGUUGUUAAAGCGUUCGAUCCUGAGGAAGCUUUCAAAAUACCUGGAGUAGUUGCAUUUUAUACAGCUAAAGAUAUCCCAGGCAAAAACUCAUUUAUGGCGCCAAAUCCUCCACUAGUCACUAUGGAUGAAGAAAUCCUUUGUGAUGGAAAAGUUAAAUUUUAUGGACAACCAGUGGGAAUUAUUGUCGCUGAUAGAGAAAGAACUGCCAAUAAAGCAGCCUCUGCAGUUAAAAUAAAGUAUGCCUCAAUAAAUAGAAACAGACCACUCAUAAUGAUUGAAGAUGUUUUGAAAUCGCCACAAAGAUGCAAAAGGGUUACUGUUGAUGAAAAAGUACAACCAAAAGAUAAAGGAAAUGAUGUCAAGUGCGUUUUGUAUGGAGAUUACAAAAUUGGGACUCAAUAUCAUUAUACUAUGGAGACUCAGACCUGCGUGGUUCAACCCACAGAAGAUGGACUAGAGGUUUACUCCGCUACGCAAUGGUUGGAUUUAACCAAUGUUGCGGUUGCGCAAUGUUUGAAUGUUAACGUGAACAGCGUGAAUGUAGUCGUGCGCCGUGUCGGUGGAGGUUAUGGAUCCAAAAUAUCCCGAGCCAGCCAAGUGGCGUGUGCGGCGUCAUUGGUGACCCAUCUCUUGGGAAAGACUUGUAGAUUCGUGCUGCCUUUGGAGACCAAUGUGAAAAUAAUCGGCAAGAGACUGCCUACUUAUUGUCAGUUUGAAGUCGGUGUAAACAAAGAAGGUGAAAUACAAUACUUGAAAAACAAAUAUUACCAAGACAAUGGAUGCGCCAAGAACGAAGUCAUCACGGGGAUCACUCUGCAUCAUUUCCUCAACUGCUACGACUCUAGUCGAUGGUAUAUCGAAGCUAACAGUGUGUACACUGACACCCCGUCCAAUACUUGGUGCAGAGCUCCCUCUUCAACUGAAGGUCUAGCUAUGAUCGAGUAUAUAAUGGAAAGAAUCGCUUUCAAUUUAGGCAAAGAUCCUUUACAAGUUAGACUUUUAAAUAUGGCGAAAAAGGAUAAUCCAAUACCAGGUCUGAUAGACCAAUUGAAAUUUGAUGCUAAUUACGACGCACGAUUGCAAGAAGUGAAAGCUUUCAAUGACCGGAAUCGAUGGAGAAAACGAGCUAUAAAAUUGAUACCAAUGACUUAUGAUCUCUUCUACAUUGGCCCGUUUGCCACUCUGGUAUCAAUAUUUCAUGCUGACGGCUCCGUCAUAGUGAAUCACGGUGGUAUCGAAAUGGGUCAAGGUAUUAACACAAAAGUUGCACAAGUAACAGCGUACAAACUUGGAAUACCUUUAGAGAAAGUAAGUGUUAAGCCAACAUCGAGUUUUACGUCCCCCAAUUCAAUGGCCACAGGGGCAAGUGUUGGUAGCGAAUGUGUAUGCUAUGCAAUAACAAAAGCAUGUGAUGAAUUACUGCAGAGAUUAGAACCAAUAAAAUCUAAAAUGCGUAAUCCUACGUGGGAGCAAUUGAUAACUGAAGCGUACAAUUCCGGUGUCAAUUUACAAUCUUCACAAAUAUAUUCCACUAGUGAUGAAAAGGUCAAAACGUAUUUUAUUUAUGGAGUAGUUAUAAUGGAAGUUGAAGUAGACAUUUUGACUGGAAAUCAUGAUAUACUCAGAGUGGAUUUGCUGGAAGAUACAGGGAGAAGUCUGAGCCCACUAAUCGACGUUGGACAAAUCGAAGGUGCUUUCAUCAUGGGUCUUGGGUACUGGACCUCUGAGAACCAGAUCACCGACCUGAACACUGGUAGGAUCCUGACUGACCGUACCUGGACGUACAAGCCUCCUGGCAUCAAAGAUAUCCCUGCAGACUUCAGGGUGUACUUCAGGAGGAACUACGGGAAUCCGUAUGGCGUUUUGCAGUCUAAAGCUACUGGGGAGCCGUCGCUGUGCAUGGCCGUGGUGAUAACCCACGCUCUUCGGGAAGCAAUACGUCUGUCCCGCCUGGAUGCAGGGUAUCAGGACCAGUGGGUUGAUAUCAAAAACCCGUGCACGGUAGAAAAUAUUUUCAUGGCGGCCGGACAUAGGACAGAACAUUUUACAUUAAAAUAUCCCGGUUGCAUCCUCGCCACUCUUAAGAGGAGCCAAGGAAUGCAACUGCCGAAACAUCUAAAAAUUGCGGCGGGGUCGGGUGGCGCCGCCAUUUUCGGAAUCCUGUUCGGUUGGGUCAUUUUCCCGACCGUGUUGAAGAGCCAACUGAAAAAGGAAAUGGCCCUGACGAAGAAGACGGACGUGCGCCAGAUGUGGCAGAAGAUCCCGUUCGCCCUGGACUUCAAGGUCUACUUGUUCAACUACACCAAUGCCGAGGAGGUCCACAAGGGAGCCAUACCUAUAGUCAAGGAAAUCGGCCCAUAUUAUUUUGAGGAGUGGAAAGAGAAGGUGGAAGUAGAAGACCACGAAGAAGACGACACGAUAACGUACAAGAAGCUGGAUGUCUUCUACUUCCGACCAGAACUGUCCGGGCCGGGCCUCACGGGGGAGGAGCUCAUUGUCAUGCCGCAUGUCUUCAUGCUUGCUGUAGCCACAGUGAUCUCCCGAGACAAGCCCGCCAUGCUCAACAUGAUCGGGAAGGCCUUCAACGGGGUCUUCGACGACCCUCCAGACAUGUUCCUCCGUGUCAAAGCCAUGGACAUCCUGUUCAGAGGAGUCGUCAUCAACUGCGCCAGGACCGAGUUUGCUCCAAAAGCCUUCUGCACAGCUCUGAAGAAGGAAAACGUCGCUGGACUAACGUUUGAGCCGAAUAACCAGUUGAGGUUCUCAUUGUUUGCUGCACGAAACGGAACGGUAGAUCCUCACGUGGUCACAGUAAAACGUGGUAAGACCAACGUGAUGGACGUGGGGAAAGUGGUCGCCGUGGACGGGAAGCCGCAGCAGGAGAUCUGGAAGGACUCCUGCAAUGAGUACCAGGGUACUGACGGGACUGUCUUCCCGCCCUUCCUGACGGAGAAUGAUCGGCUGCAGUCGUUUUCUGGGGACUUGUGCAGAUCCUUUAAACCCUGGUAUCAAAAGAAGACUUCCUACCAAGGCAUCAAGACGAACCGCUACGUGGCCAACAUCGGCGACUUCGCCAACGACCCAGAACUGCAAUGUUUCUGCGACAGUCCUGACACUUGCCCUCCAAAGGGCCUCAUGGACCUCAUGAAGUGUAUGAGCGCACCUAUGUACGCUUCUCUACCACAUUUUCUGGACAGCGAUCCGGAACUUCUGAAAAAUAUAAAAGGGCUAAAUCCUGAUCCUAAUGAGCAUUCCAUUGCGAUUGAUUUUGAGCCGAUCUCGGGAACUCCAAUGGUGGCGAGGCAAAGAGUACAAUUCAACAUGCUGCUGCUGCAGAAUGAGAAACUGGAGCUGUGCAAGACAAUGCCGAAUACCAUCGCUCCACUGUUUUGGAUUGAAGAGGGCUUGGCGCUCAACAAGACCUUCGUGAAAAUGCUGAAGAACCAGCUUUUCCUCCCGAAGCGAGCUGUUGGGGUGCUGCGAUGGCUUCUGGUGGCCUUUGGGACCCUGGGCGUGAUCGGGAGCCUCAUCUUCCACUUCAAAGACCGCAUAAUGAAAUUCGCCGUAUCAUCGGGGUCUACUCCAGCCGCCAAGAUCAACCCUGAGCAAGGCAAGGACAUCAGCGUCAUCGGCCAGCCCCAGGACCCCCCCAAAGUCGACAUGUAA